AAAUCAAUGGGGAGGACAACAGCUGCAUCUUCAAUUUAUGUGUAUGUGGAUUCGUGAUGCGUCGCGGUCCGGCGCCCCCGCCACCGGCCCUCAUAUUUAUACGCUAAAGCGGGCAUCGCGAAGAGUUCAAACGUGCGUCGGGCGCUCAGAACAGUAGACGAUUGAGAAGCGAUUCGCACCGCGUGGGUAGACAAGGGCGAGUGCAGUGUGCAGUGCGUACGGGUCGAGUCUUGUGUCGCUGAAAGCUCGCCGCGAAGCCUCCAGCUCCCGAGAGCGGCGGCACCGCGCGAGCGCCCGCCUCCGCCGACCGCCUCGCGUCAGUGCCGGGCCGGCCGCGCCGCAGACACCACGCUCCGGGCUUCACGAGACGCUCCUCAGCCCAGCUGGACUCUAGUGACAUAAACAUUUUACCGACCUGCAAUUGACGACCUCGACAUUCGCACUGACACUCAGUUAUAGAGGCGACGGCAGAUGGAUCGGCGGUGCGCGGCGGGGGCGCUGCUCGCGCUGGCCGCCUGCAUCGCGACCACGGCGGCGGCACCUACAGCCAGCAACCAAACUGCAUUAGAUUUAUAUGAAGGACCUUCGGAAGGAUGUUACUACAACUUUCAGCACUACGGGGAAGGUGAUCGUAUCAUGACAAACGAGCCCUGCCUCAACUGCACAUGCCACAAUCGAAUGCUGAUGUGUUAUCUGAGGGUCUGCCCCUUCACCAAACCUAUUGGUCAAGACUGCUCGGUUGAAAAGCGCGCUGACCAGUGCUGCCCCAUCGUCACUUGCCCUGAUGUUCCAGUUGACCUACUCACCUCGACUUCGACGUCAUCUCCGUCUGAAUAUGGCGAGACUGGACUCGGCAAGUUGGACAGAUACGGCUGCAGCAUUAACGGGAAAUACUUCCCCGAGGGCUCCAAGGUGCCGCCUUCUCCGAACAAACCGUGCGAACAUUGCUACUGCAUACGAAAUAUGACGACUUGUGUUAUGCAAGAAUGUACUCUUCACGUGGACGGCUGUACUCCGAUUUAUCGUAAAGACGUGUGUUGCCCUGUUCGCUACUCGUGUGAUCACCCCGAGGAUGAAAUACCACUCUUGGACGAUAUGACCACCACAGUGCGACCUACGCCAGGAUUCCUUCUGACCACCACAACUCUUGCACCAGUAACACAAAUGACACAAGAUUGUGUGCACGAUGACAAAAUAUUUGCUGAUGGUGCAUCAAUAAAAACAGAAAAGGCUUGCGAACAUUGUUAUUGCAUGAAAGGUGACAUUGUAUGUGUAGUGCAAGAAUGUGGCACUCCUAUGGAAAAUGAAGGCAAAAACUGCACUUCCAUGCCUCCACGUGAAGGCCAAUGCUGCCCCGAUACCUACAUCUGUGAAGGCGAUGAAAUGACUACUGAAACGAAACCUGAUAUAGCAACUGUAACCCCCUUCGAGGAUAUAACUACAUUAUCUCCACCAAGAAGAGUAAGUGUAGAAGGCAGUGGAUAUAGAAGUGAAACAGAUGAGCCAUCGACCGAAGCUCCACCAUUGGAGCCUGACACUGAAGGUAGUGGGGAAGAACAACCUUUCAAACCAACCGAUGCCAAUGAAAUGCUUCUUCCGGAAAGUGAAACCUCUCAUCCGUUAAUUGUAACUGAUCAAGAUGAAAUUCCAGACCAUUAUAGUCCAGGCACUACUGAAAUACCCGAAACGGAACCUAAAAUUACUGAAAAGACAACAACUGAGGCUGAUAAGGGAGAAAAUACCGUGCCGAGUGGAGAUUUCGAAGAAGAUAGUUCAGAUAAAACUUCACCUGAAACAACAACUACUAAACUUGAAACAGAAAAAGAGUCCUCCUAUGGCACGAAAACAACUACAUUACCUGAAGAUGAGUCUUCUCUAAAAGACAAAACUACUCCUCAUGAAGAAAUAACAGCUACCGAACCUGCCGUCAUUGCGGAAACAACUAUCGCUGCUCAUAAGUUACAUACAUCCCCAGGUAGCAUAGUUACUUCAGAAGACCAAGUGGCUGAAACUACGAUACCCACCAGAAGGAAAGAAGAAGAAGACGUGCCCAAGGAAGCAACAACACUGAAACAUUUGGAAGAAUCUACCACUGCAAGUGACUUCAUAGCUCCGGAUGUUGCUGCAACGGAAAGCACUACUGCUUCAUCCAUAGAACAAGAAGUUAAAACUACAACUUCACAGUUAAUCGAAAAAGAAAUAGAAGUUAAAGAAUCAACUACAGAAUCAGAUGCUAUUAAGACAGUUACCCAAACUGCUACGACUGUACAACCUGAAAUUGCUACCGAGUUUACUACUGUCAGCAAAGUUGACCUUUCUUAUACUACAUCAGCAAAUCCUAUUGAAAACGAAAUUGAUGAAGAAUCAUUCCCCACAUUGCCACCAGGUAGAAUACCCGGUGAAGGCGAUUGCUUACUUGAUGGUGUCACUUAUAGUCACGACAGUAUUGUACCCAGUAGCAGUCAUUGUCACACCAGUUGUAGGUGCAUCAGUAGCAUUGUCAAAUGUGAACCAAUCAUUUGUAGCCCACCGCCAGACUAUAUGGAUAACUGUCAACCGAUGUAUGAUUCUCCUGAAUCUUGCUGUCCUACUUAUGUAUGUGACCAUCCAAGAGAAACAGUUCCACCUCAAUCACAUAGUCAGAUGGCAGGUACAGAAAGUCCUAUUCCUACACCUACAAUCGAAUGUGAUGGGGACCAAUGCAAAACCGAUGAAGAUAAGAAAGAAACUACAUCAUCUGUACCGUGCACCUCUGAGGGUUGUACCGAUGAUUCAAAUAAAAAGCCUGACGAAUGUGGAUCUCAAGGGUGCGGCGAAUUUGCCGUUAAGCCAGAAGAAGCUCAUCCAGCUAUACCUACCGAAGAAUGUAACGGCGAUAGAUGUUCAUCAUCACAAGAUCAUUGUGCCUCAGGUAAAUGUGAAACAGAAAUUCCAAAAGAUCAAACGUGUAAUGAUGAAAAUGGUUGUGAAAUUCCUGUCAUUCAAACGUGCCAAGGUGAUGACUGCGCAACUCAACCUGACGUUACUGGUCCUAAGGAAGCAUUCACACCUUGUGAUAAUCCAAAUGGCUGUAAAGAUCAAACGUGUAAUAAUGAAAAUGGUUGUGACAUUCCUGUUGUUCCAACAUGUCAAGGCGAUGAUUGCGCAAUUCAACCUGAUAUCACUGCUUCUAAGGUUGAUUCUACACAUUGUGAUAAUCCAGAUGGCUGUAAAGAUGUCCAAAUACCAGAAAAAGUACCACCGUGUACAGGCGAAUCAUGCGUAUCUGAAUUGCCAUCUCAGAUACCACCAGAAUCUCAAGAUUGUAAGGAAGGCAGUGAUUGUGGUCAAAGUAAUCAGACUCCAACUGCUGAAGAAUGCAACGAAGAAGAAUGUAAAACAAAACAAGUACCAGAAAUUAAUAAACAUCCUAGUGAUUGCAUUGGCGAUAAAUGCACACAACAACAAGAUCAUGUACCACACAUAACUGAUAUACCAGAGUUUAGUACAGAGUCUACUCCAAUAGUAACUGAAUUACCUGAAGAACUGGGAACAAAAUCUGAGGAACCAGUUACCGAGUUACCAAAGACAACUGAUAUCGAAAAAGAAAUUGAACCCAGUGCAACCACCAAAGCUACCAUACCAGAAAAGGGCGAGGAAUCAGGUACAACUCCGCAAUACGAAGAUAUUGAUAAUGACAAAGAAAAAGAAACUCCUGUUUCUAAGAGCCCUGAAAUAGUAACCCAGGCAACAGUGGGUGAACAGGAAGAAAGCAUUACUGAAAGUGCCAACAAAGAAACAACAAUGGUUCCAUUAGAUAUCACCGAGGUAAAAGAAAUAUUACCAGAAGCAACACCAGCAUUCUCAGAAGUUCCAACGACAGAAUUACCAAGCUUAUCUGAUAAGGAUACUAAAGAAACAAUUACAGAUUUGCCAAGCUUUACUGGAACUGAGUUGCCAGAGCCAACGUCAAAACCAAUCAGUGACACGGAGUCUGAACUUCCAGAAGAUGCUGCUAAAGAUAAGGACACAACCGAGGGAGCAACUCAAAGUAGCUCUCCCAAGAUAACUGAGGAAACCACUAAAUCACCAGAGAUGUUAACUCUGGCUCCUGAAACUCUAGACAGAGAUGGCCAUGAAAAGCCAACGAAGGAACCAGAAUAUGUGCAAGACACUGAAGAAAAAAUAACCGAGACUGAACGUUAUACAUCUGCACCUGAACAAAUAACUGAAAAGGUAGAGGUAGAACCAAUCCAAGAAGAAGAAUCACAGGGUACGCCAACAACACCAAAAUCUUAUGAAGAUCAAACAGCUGCUCCGGAGGUUCUCGCAACAGCAUCUCCUGAGCCGCAAACUACUUCAGCACAAGAUGAAGACAAAAAACUGUCAGCGUCUACAUCAACACCUGAGCUUGAGCUAGUCACCAGUAAACCUGACGAUACCAAGCAGACUGUCGGUGAUAUGUCAUUACCAGAUACUACGGAAAUAGCAGAAACGCAAGCUCCAGAGAUAGUUGUUGAUGAAGCUACGUCUAAACCAGAAGACCUUGAUCUUUCUGAAAACAUUACUCCAGGUGAUGAUGAAAUAACGCCUAAACCGUUUAUAACAUUACCUCAAGAAACGUCUGCUGAAGAACCUGAGGACGACAAAAACGCAGAAACACCGCCACCUGUUACAGUUGACAUUCAAACGCAAACUCCAAUGUCCAUUGUGAAAGAUCACGGUGACGAUGACAGCACAGUUACACCUGAGCCAGCAAUAACCACUGAGCGUAGUACAUCGGAAUCAGAAUCACCGGACUCCGCGCAAUCACCGCAGCCAACAAGCAUACCUGCUAAAAUACCAUCGGAAGAGUCAGUAUCCGAUAUUGGAAAAAUGCCUAGUGUGAGUGAUGAAGAUAAUGCGGUUACGCCAACAGAAUUACCUGCAGAAAAGUUGGGAACACCAGCUGUCGCGGAAGAUGUAUUCCCAACAGAAAAACCUGUGGAUGAUUCAGAUAAAACUGCUCCAGAAACGGAAACUAGCACAGGUUCUUCGCCAGUAUCAGUACCAAUUGUCACUGAACCAAUAAGCUCGGAACCUUCUGUGACAGAAGCUAAUCUCCAAGAGUCUAGUGCCCCACAAGAAGAACCAAGUGACAAUACGGAAACCAAAUCGCCUACCUCCAUCCCGGAAAGCUCAUUACAAUCAACCACUGAAGGAGGAGAAAUCAUUACUCCUUCUCAGGAACAAGAAGAUGUUACUGAACUACCGGAAUUAAUAGUUCAUGAACACCCGACGGAACCGUCUUCAGUUGAAAAAGAAUCUGAGCAACCUGUGACCGAAGAGGCUGCUACUAAGGAACCACAGGAAAUGAUACCGGAAACGGUAACGUCUGAUGUACCCAUACCACAGGAUGCUCUAACUACUACUCCAGAAAUACCAGACGGCGUUACUGGUCCUAAGGAAGCAUUCACACCUUGUGAUAAUCCAAAUGGCUGUAAAGAUCAAACGUGUAAUAAUGAAAAUGGUUGUGACAUUCCUGUUGUUCCAACAUGUCAAGGCGAUGAUUGCGCAAUUCAACCUGAUAUCACUGCUUCUAAGGUUGAUUCUACACAUUGUGAUAAUCCAGAUGGCUGUAAAGAUGUCCAAAUUCCAGAAAAAGCACCACCUUGUACAGACGAAUCAUGCGUAUCUGAAUUGCCAUCUCAGAUACCACCAGAAUCACCAUCACGGAAACCAGAUCAAGAAUCUAUUACAAAAGCACCGGAAAUCACCCAACCUGAAACUACAGAAUCUAAGCUAGAUGAGGAACUGACUCACAUCCCUGAAUCAUUCUCUACUGGAGCACAAAAAGAGGUAACAGAAGGCCCAGAGUUACAAGCUACCGUUACUAGUGCUCCUAAGGUAUCGGAAACAGAACCACAAGGAACAAUAACAGAGUCGCAACCUUCCUUAACAGAAACAGAUAUGUUCGUAACUCAACCUCACAAAGAUACUACAGAAGCCCCAGAAUCAAUCGAUAUGGUUACCAAGCCCUCCGAUUCUUCAGAAACUACCUCGGAAUCACAAAAAGAAUCUCCAGCUAUGCCUGAGGAACCGGAAAUACAAUCCCAGACGGAAACAACAAAAACACAAGAUGUUACAACUACUCCACCAGAGCAAUUAACUGAGUCACAAAAAGAAUCUACAGAAACUCCAGAAUCACAAGAUACUGCAACGAAGGGGGUAGAUAAAUCUCCGGACAAAUUAGAUAAGGAAACUUCAAAAGAACCAAAGCCUCAAGAUGCGGUGACCAGCGUACCAGAAUUAUCUGAAACUGAACAACAAGGAGAACUUACGAAAGCGCCAGAGGUAACAGAUGUGGCCACCAAUAUCCCUGAGACACUAGAAACUGGUCCCAAAGACAAAACAACCGAAGCUCCUGUGGUACAAGAUCUAACAACAAGUCUUCCCGAGCUACCUAUUACAGAAAACGUACCUAUAGAGGAUACAAAGAUUCCUAUGAUAGGAGAAAAGGUUCCCGAAAUAUCUGGAACUGUACCUUCAAUAGAGGGUACUGAAGCUCCAACGCAUGAUGAUUCUUCAAGUGACGUUCCAGAAAUACACGCCACAGAACCUCAAAAAGAAGUAACUGAAGCUCCAGCAAUAGAAGAUAUAGUAACCAACGUUCCAGAGACUUCAAUUACGGAGUCCCACCAAGAUACACAAGCACCUGAAUCUCAGGAUACAGUGACAAGCUCCCCUGAAUUACCAGAAACUGAACCAAAGAAGGAAUCAACUGAAGCUCCUGAGUCACAACAAACAAGUUCAACCAUUCCCGAAACAUCACCAACUGAACCGAAGAAGGAAAUUACAGAGCUACCAGAAACCCAAGGAAUUACAGAUGCACCAGAAAUUUCAGCUGACACUAAAACUCCUGAAACUGAACCGAAGAAGGAGAUAACAGAGCUACCAGAAACCCAAGGAAUUACAGAUGAGCCAGAAAUUUCAGCUGAUACUAAAGCUCCUGACACUGAACCAAAGAAGGAGAUUACAGAGCUACCAGAAACCCAAGGAAUUACAGAUGCGCCAGAAAUUACAGUCGAUACUAAAGCUCCUGAAACCGAACCGAAGAAGGAGAUUACAGAACUACCGGAAACCCAAGGAAUUGCAGAUGCGCCAGAAAUUUCAGCUGACACUAAAGUUCCUGAAACUGAACCGAAGAAGGAGACUACAGAGCUACCAGAAACCCAAGGAAUUACAGAUGCACCGGAAAUUUCAGCUGAUACUAAUGCUCCUGAAACUGAACCGAAGAAGGAGACUACAGAGCUCCCAGAAACCCAAGGAAUUACAGAUGCACCGGAAGUUUCAGCUGAUACUAAAGCUCCUGAAACUGAACCGAAGAAGGAGAUUACAGAGCUACCAGAAACCCAAGGCAUAACAGAGGCACCAGAAAUUUCAUCUGAUACUAAAACUCCUGAAACUUCUGACAUGGCAUCUCCAGAGGAAGUAACAAUGGCCCCAGAAACACAAACAGUGGCAACGAAUGCUCCACAAGUACCAACUGUUUUGGAAACAGAAGUGCCAGAAACACCAGAAUCAUCAGAAAAAACCGUAACAGAGCCACACAAUGUACCUACAGAACCAUCAGAAAUAUUAGAAUCACAAAAACCAGAGACCGAAUUACCUGAAAUUUCACCUGAGUUGGCUACAAAUGCUCCAGAAAUGUUAGCGACAAAAUCUGAUAAGGAUAUAACCGAAGCGCCAGAGCAAGAAUUUACAACUAAGACACCACAACCAUUAGAGACUGAGCCAGAGCCAGAAAAAUCUUCCAUCACAGAAAAGGACGAGUCAGUCACAGACACACCGUUAAAAAUAACAACGAAAUUUGAUGAUCAAACUAAAUCUGAACCACAAGAAUUUGUUACUCCCACUGAAUCGUCGAAACCCGAAACAGAAAAACCACUAACUACGGAAGUUGGAUCCUCAACUGAAGCAGAUAAAAAGAUCGAGUCACAGGCAACUGAAUAUCCGGUCAAGAUAGCAGAUUCAGAUUCUGAAACAGAGAAACCCCACGAAGGAGUAGAAAUUAAGACGGAAAUGCCGUUCGCGGAACCCGCACAGACUGAAUCACCUGUUUCUGGAUCCAUUGAAUCCGAAACUAAAGUACCUGAAUUAAUUGAUACUGAAUUGGGUGCAACAGUACCACAAGAAUUGCCUGUGACAGAAAAGCAAGAUUCAAGGCGAACCGAACCAACAAGUACUCCAGUUAAAGAAGAUGUUACCAAAGCUCCAGAAACUUUAGAAACGCCAGAGAAAACAACAAUCAUAUCCGAAGAACCUGAGCAAACGACAAAAGAAGAAUACCCAGAAACAACACCAGACUUAGUAUUAUUAGAGGAACAUACGCAUAAGACUGUAUCCCCUGAUGUAGAAACAAGUACUAGUCCUUCCGACAUACCAUUAAAGGAAUAUCCUUCGACACCUGAAAUAUCCAUAGAGAAGGUAACAGAGUCUGCCCCGAGUACGGAAUCAGAAAAGUCACCGCAAGAAGACGUGAUAUCCGACAAGGAUCAAAGCGUACCAGAACUGACAGAAACCACGACACCUGAAAAAUCAACGGAGCCUUUGCCUGUGUCUGAGGAGAUCACCACGAUAUCUCCUCUGCCUGAAUCUCUAGAUACUGAAAAACCACAUACUGUAGAAUCUAAUGAAAUUUCUACGUCCCCACCGACGGCAACUGAAGAACCAACAGAAACUGAGAAGCCGUUAGUACCAAGCGUUGAGUCUGAAUCAGAGAAACCACUUGUGGUAGAAACGAAUGCACCUGAAGAAGAGUUUAUCUUAGCAACCACCAAAGCCACAACUAUAAAAGCAGAAGAACAAUCCACGACACUUUCACCGUUACUUGAUAAAUUCGGCAAACCUGAUGAUGAAGCACAAAAACCGGCAGCUGAACCUGAAAAAUCACAACCUGAUGUUACUGAAGAAUUACCGAAACCUGGAGCCAACGAAGUGCAACCCACAGAAGAAGCAUUACCACCAGAAGAAGAAAGCCACUUCCCACCGAGCGGAACUAGUGGUUACGGACAAGAGCCUGAUUACGGAGAAGAAGAUUCCUUCGGUCCUGGUACUUGUCGAUAUGGUGGAAAAGUAUACGUAUCUGCACAGCAAAUACCAAGAGACGAUCCUUGCGAUUUCUGCUUCUGCUUUAGAAGUGACAUUAUUUGCCUUCAACAAAGUUGUCCUCCGCCAAUUCAUGGCUGUCAUGAAGAACCUAUCCAAGGAUUCUGUUGUCCUCGAUAUGAAUGCCCAGUGUCCAUGGCGACUACUCUCAACGUUACGACAACAACGACAACGACGACGACAACGUUGCCGCCACACUUCCUACCUCACGCCUACAAGGGCGCUGCGCAGAGAAGAGGCUGUCAAAUAAAGGGACACACUUACAAAGUGGGAGAAGUCGUACGAGCAUCAUCAGGACCAUGUUUACAUUGCACAUGUGGAGGAGACGGUCAAAUGAAGUGCGACCCCAAGGUGUGUACGCCAGAGCCCAUGCUCAGACAAAUGAUCGCCGCUGCGGUGUCCGCGAAGCGACGAAGGUGAAAUACCCCCCGAGAGAUGACUCAUUUGCCUGCGACGUCACUAGGGUAAAGGACCUAUGUGAUAAUACUUCCAUCUACUCUUUUAUGCACAAGAAUAAUGCUCAAAUUAUCCCGAAGGAAGGAGUAGUGUAAGAUUUCGUGUCAUAUAUGGUAAUUUUUUUUAACUUUCAUAAAGUCAUGGCACGCACAACUCAAUAAUACUUGACUGUGAUUAAAAUAUUAAAUUAGAUUUUUCUAAAUCUGAAUUGUUAGUGUUUUCGGGUCUUCAUUAUUAAGUCUAAUUUAUUAUUAUUAUUUAUCUUUUCAUUAACAAAAGUCAGUGCCAAACGAUAGUGCUAAGUUGUAAUUGACUAUGCCUUUAUGAUAACAUGAGUUUCAAAAUUUAUUAACACUUUAAAGUGAAACUGACCAAAGCGAAGCUAUUCGAUGUCGAUAAUAAUUAUACUUAUUGAAACGACAAAACACUUCCAGCUUCGUGUCGUUGGUCACUAGAUCGCCGAAAUCUUGACCAUUUUUACUUAUGUACACUUAAUUUACCGAAAUAGUUAAGUUUAGUCAAAAUCUUUGUUUUUACACGAUGUUAUAAUAAGCGAUCUAGUAUCGUGUAAAUAUGAAGUAACCCAUAAGGAUCCCUGAUGUAAAUGCCUUACUUAAUUUGUAAUAAUUUAUAUAUGUUAGGUGUAUAGUACUUAAGCCAUGUUUUAAGACCAGUGACUAUUAUAAUUUAGAAGUUAGAAAAAGGAAGCCACUUCAUGUUGAUAGGGCGAAAAGCGUCCGUCGACGCGAGCGGGGCACGCGCGCCGGCGCAGCCUUGGCGAGCGCUUUUCCUGCCUCCACGUCUGACAGAAAGUGACAUCACGACUGAUCUUGUUUUCUCUAAUUCGUGAAGGUGCACAGUUUUUACUAGCACUUAUUUAGUAAUAGUGACCAAUAUUUUUAAAAGUGUUUUGUAAAGAACUUUUUGCAAUAUGAUGUUAAUGAGCAUAUUGUAGGAUCUUUUGUAACUUUUGAUAUUAAAGUGCUGGUAGACUUAAAUACAUGACCUUUCAUGUGUAACAGAUCAAGACGGGUACGAAAGUUGAUCAGACUUUGCGAUCGUUUUUGGAAUGAUAUUACUUAUAUGUAGAGAUGUAAAUAACGAUUGCAUUAAUUCGUACAAACCUUCUUCUGUGUAUGUAAGUUGUAGUUAUAUUUCUUCUUAUUUAUUUAAAGUUGUAGUUUUGGUUGUAUAUCAUGAUGAGAUAGGUUGUCAAUACGAGAAAAUAUUAAUUUUCUUUUAUAAAAAAAAUAUAUUCAGGUUUUCAGGAAAAUAGAUCAUUUUAUUUCAACUCUAUUUUAUUUGUUUAAUUAGUUAUUACCAAGCUACAAUCUAUCUGUCUGUGCUACUGUGCAAGAGAGUUUAAAUAAAAUAUUUCAAGUGAA